GUCCCGACUAGAAUUUAUUGGACCUUUAUUUGUCUGUUUUGUUUAAAUUUCAAUUUCAAUAUGCUGCUUUGAUGUCUCAUGGCAUGCUUAGACAUGUAUAACAACUCAGAGAACAACGGUCAUCCCUGCACGCCAAUGAGCCCAAGAAUCUCCUUCUCGAGCGAUUUUGUGGAUGUUCAGCAAGCUCUUAAGCAAGAAAGACUCUCUAGAGACGCUCCGGCAUCCUCAGACUUCGAGUUUUCUGUCACAAACUAUUCCAUGAUGAGCGCCGACGAGCUUUUCUGUAAAGGCAGGAUGCUGCCCUUCAAGGAUGACCGCAACAACCAGAUGCAGAGGACCACCACUACUCUCAGGGAGGAGCUCCUUCACGAUGAUGAAUACGAAGAUUCGUCGCAGAGGCCACCUAAGGGAUCAUCCUCGAGAAGGAAGGGAUUUAUGGGUCUUAGAAAAAGUCAUUUUGGCUCCAAGAAAGCUGAUAAAAGUGAAGGUUCUUCGGACAUAGGAGUUGAAGGAAGAAGGUCUCGAUUAGUGAAUGAAUCUGGUCGAGUUAAUAUGACUUCCCAGCAGGAUUUGUUGAAUGAUGGAAGCUCGAGUUCCUGAUAUGAUAGAAGCGUGGUUGAAGGUGUUUCUUAGAGGGAUGGACCAAAUUUUUAGUUUUUCUUUUUCUUUCUUCGGUUGCAAGUGAGUAUUCACAGGAAGGGAAAAAGUGAAGGUCAUUUCUUUAUUUCGUUCUCUGGUAUUUUUUCCCCCGCUAGCGGGUUGAGACAAAUUGAGCCGACGAUUUGUGUUAGGAUUUUGCUUUCAACUUCGAUUCAUCUUUGCUGAAUUCGUCCUAGGAGUUGGAUUUUGGCUGUUUGUUGUACAAAUUAUUUUGCAGUUGAAGGUACUUCAUUCUGGUGACGAUAAAA